AUGGCGCUCGCAUCCGGCACCACGGCCCGCCCGCUCCUCGGCCGCCUCCCCGGCACGGCGCGGCCCCACCUCGCCGUCUCCCCCUCGCCCUCCGCGCCCGCGUCCUCCGUCCGAUUCGCCGCCCGCAGCGGGGACUCCCGCGCCGUCUCCCUCCGCGCCUCCGCGCCGCCAGCAGCUGCAACAGCAACGCCUGGUAGCAUUGCACCAGCCAUCUCAUUGACAGAGAAGGCCCUGAAGCAUCUGAACAGAAUGAGGGCCGAAAAGAAUGAAGAUCUCUGUUUGAGGAUUGGAGUUAAACAAGGUGGAUGUUCUGGCAUGUCUUACACCAUGGAGUUUGAGAGCCGAGGAAGCGCCAACCCUGACGAUUCAGUCAUCGAGUAUGAGGGUUUCACAAUAGUCUGUGACCCAAAGAGCCUUCUCUUCAUGUUUGGAAUGGAGCUGGACUACAGCGACGCUCUCAUCGGGGGCGGCUUCAACUUCCAGAACCCAAACGCGACGAAGACGUGCGGGUGCGGCAAGUCGUUUGCGACCAGCAAGGAAAUGCAGAGCACAGCAACUGCCUGCAACAACUGA